CACACGGUGCAGCUGGCAGCCAUGGAGAAGUGGGCAUGAGGAGGGAUGAGCUGCUCAUUACUACUCUGAGCAAGUCUGCUUCUCCCAGAUGGUUGUUCAUGCUCGUUAGCUACAGGUGACACAAAAGGGAACGGGACCAAGAACUCAGGAACUCCGCCCACUCCUCCUCCCUACCUCCAUCUGCCUGAUGGAUCGUGGAGGUCUCGAUCGUGGAAUAUGCCGACUACCAACAAUUCAUACACUCUGUCAAAUCCAUUGAUUGUGUUGUUACUGUGUUUUGAUUUGUGUGUCAUGAUUAAUUCUGUACACAUUACAUCUAUUGCACCUGUCCAUCCUGGAGAGGGAUCCUCCUCUGUUGCUCUCCUGAAGGUUUCUUCCCUUUUUUUCCCCAUAAAGGGUUGUUUGGGAGUUUUUCCUGAUCCGAUGUGAGGUUUUGGGACAGGGAUGUCUAUAUGUACAGAUUGUAAAGCACUCUGAGGGGAAUUUCUAAUUUGUGAAAAUGGGCUAGACAAAUAAACUGAAUUGAAUUGAAUUGGCCUUUACACGUCCUGUUGUCACAUGCAUGCAGUUGUCAGGCCUCCUGGCUUAAGCGGUGCGCAUGCCUGCUCCCUCCUUCUCCCUCCUUCUCCCUCCUGCUCCCUUCUUCUCCCUCCUGCUCCCCCCGUCUCAACGCCUGUCACUAAGGAGCGUCUGAGUGCUCCUGUGUCACACAACAGUGGGAGAGCUCGAGAGCAACGGCAGACAUGAGCGUUUCCAUCGAGGAGAGGGGCAGGCCCAACACCAAUGAGUACAGGGUGUUUUUCAAAAACUCUGAGGGCAAAUACAUCUCCCCGUUCCAUGACAUACCCAUCUAUGCAAAUGAAGCAGAGAAUAUUUUUCAUGCCGUUGUGGAGGUUCCAAGAUGGACAAAUGCAAAGAUGGAGAUUGCCACCAAAGAUCCUCUCAAUCCACUGAAACAGGAUAUGAAGAAGGGGAAUCUCCGUUAUGUAGCGAAUGUGUUUCCUCACAAAGGCUACAUCUGGAAUUAUGGAGCUAUUCCACAGACAUGGGAAGACCCCAACCAUAAGGACAGCGACACAGGUUGCUGUGGAGACAAUGAUCCUAUUGACAUAUGUGACAUAGGAAAUAAGGUGUGCUCUCAAGGGGAAAUAAUCAAAGUGAAGGUUUUGGGAACUCUGGCUUUGAUCGAUGAGGGUGAAACCGACUGGAAGGUCAUUGUGAUCAAUACUGAGGACCCUGAAGCCGCCGGCUUUAACGAUAUUGAUGAUGUAAGACGACUUAAGCCCGGAUACCUGGAGGCCACUGUUGAUUGGUUCAAAAGAUACAAAGUCCCAGAUGGGAAACCUGAAAACCAGUUUGCUUUCAACGGAGAGUUCAAGGACAGGGACUUUGCCAUUAAAACAAUUAAGAGCACCAACAAGUUUUGGAAGGCACUGAUUUCUAAGAGGACCAAUGCUGGCGAGUUGAACUGCAUGAACACCAGUGUCUCAGACAGUCCGUUCCGCUGCUCUGCUGGGGACGCAGACGCUGUGGUGAAGUCUGCAUGUGCUCUCGGAGACCAAGAUCCAAUUCCAAGUUCAGUCGACACAUGGUUCUACUAUGAGAUGUAAGAGGGAAAAUCCUGGCUUGAAAACGACCUUCACUUCUUCCUCCGGUCAUCUGAUUUCUACAGAUCAGAGCAGUUCAUGACCUGGAUGGAUUGGAUUUAAUAUUUCAUGUCUCAUUUACUCGACUGCCUGUUGUGUGAUUGUGACACUAUAUUACAUUAAGAUAUCAGAUAGUUACCUGUAUUUGUAGGCGGGAAAAUCAUUAUAAUAAACUACACUAAACCCCACAGUA